AUGAACGGAAGCGACGAGCUCGUUGCGCGGUGCAUGGCGCUGUCCAGCAGCCUCCUCAUGGCCUUCCCGACCAAGUCGCCGAUGACGCCGUACCUCCCGAACGUCCUCCACGUGCUGCUGCAGGCCCACGCCCUCCCGCCCGACCUCGUGCCCUCGCUGAGCUUUGUCGCGUCGGUCAUACAGCAGCUGUCGCAAGGCCAGUACGUCGAUCCGAGCGCGAUCCACAGUAGCCUCUACCAGCUGCAGGUGCCGCCGCUCAGCGCGUUUGUUCUGCCGCCGCCCGCGCCGUACGGGCUGUACCGCAGCCCGUACCCACCUGCGCCGUUUGGCUACUUUUACCCGGCGCCACCUCCGCAGCUCCAGCGCCACUCGCCAAGCAGUAGCAUCGACAGCAACAACAAUAGCAGCGAACUGUCGCCACCGCUACCAGCGUCCGAGCCCGACCACCUCGCCUUUUCGUCGCUUGGAUUGCAUCCACUGGACGCGCUCCAGCGCCACUCGCCAAGCAGUAGCAUCGACAGCAACAACAAUAGCAGCGAACUGUCGCCACCGCUACCAGCGUCCGAGCCCGACCACCUCGCCUUUUCGUCGCUUGGAUUGCAUCCACUGGACGCGGUCGAAACCGACGCGCCAACAUUCGAGCCCCAAGGGUCUCCCGUUCUCUCAGAGAACGACCAAGAGCUCAGCUUGAGCGCCAAGCCCGCGCCGAGCUUUGGCAUGAUCUGCUCGCCGCGCCACCGCGUGGACACAGCGCCACGCCACGACGACGAUGCUGCCGACGACGUCGAGUUUACCUUUGCCAAGGACAUGCUGCUCCAUGACUUUGGCGAAGCACCCCGCGUGUACGUGCCGCAAGAAAACAACGAUGCAAACGAAGACGAGGACGAUGGCACGGCCUUUCAUGCACUGCAGUUUGACCCGUUCCUCGCCCACCUGACGACGGACGAGCCGACGCAGAAAGAGCCGCAAAGCCCGAGCACGUCGUCGGAACGCAGCGGCAACGACUCGGACCAAGACGACGAUGAUAACGACAAACUCGAGGGCGAGAAGGACCACGGCGACGACGCGUCGGCGUCACCAACGGCCACAGAGGACUCGGUCGACGAGGUCGUGGUCAAGCGAGGGUACCUCUACGAUGCGCCAACACCGCAAGAGAUCCAGAAGCAGUCGAUACAAAUCCACGCGCCCACCGAGCUGCGUUGCGACAUGACGGCGGACGACGUCCGCGCCGCGACCACGAGCUGGGUCGACCGCAUGCAAGCCGACGGCCACGCGUUCGACGAGAAGGCCGUGACCAAGUUCUUGGAGCUCGCGACCGCCGACCCGUUCCGCGCCGUCGGCAUCACAGUGAGCUUUGAGCUGCGCAAGGAAAGCAUCCAGAACAAGUCGGCGUGGCUCAGCCGCGCGUGCUUCAACUGCCAGCGCAAGUACCACCCGCCGACGGGCCGCGGCCGCCGGCACCGUGGCCAAAAGGCAACCAAAGCAUCGCGCUAA